UGUAACGUCGGGUACCAUUUUUUUAUAUUUACAAUUUUUAAUUUACAUUUUUAUAUUUAUUUUACAAUUUACAAAGUUAAAGAUAUUUAUCUACAAAUUCUGAAUACAACAAAAGUUCUAUUGAAAUCUAUUCAGGGAGUCGCACGAAAAUUCGAGAAAUAAAAAUUUGAAUAACACUGCAAUCAGUUCCUGUUAUCAAUUCGUCGUUGGAUCUUGAGGAAUACACGUGUCGGAGUAUUGAAGCCGAACGAUUGUUAUCGAGUUCAUAGGUGGACUCAUUGAAAUGCGGCAAUGCUAAUGAACAAAAUCGCUGGAGGAAGUGAGUGGCAGCGCAGUGCGGUCGGCGACGGUAUCGGGUGCGGUUCGUGCAGUCGGGAUCAUGUAUCAAGAUGAUGGUAUCACCAAGUUACAGAACAAGUUCGAGUCAUCGAUCAGUGAACUUAAGAAGAAGACUUUUGUAACCGCGGCUGAUGUUGAGAGCUUUGGCGACAGUGGAGUUACAAAGGAGUACGCACUCGCACACCGGAGGUCUCUGGAGGACCCUGAGGGUUUCUGGGCUGAUGUGGGACACGAGCUGGUCUGGACAAAGCCAUGGGACCGCGUGCUAGACAACACAAACCCACCUUUCACCAAAUGGUGGGUUGGUGGCGAGAUGUCGGUGUGCUACAACGCGGUAGAUCGACACGUGCUGGCAGGGCGCGGGGAGCAGCUCGCCCUCGUCCACGACUCACCGCUCACUGAUACUGUGCGGCGGAUCACUUACGCUGAGCUAUUAGAUCAGGUGUCCAGACUGGCAGGCAAGCUGCGAUCUCUAGGUGUGGAGCGAGGCAGCCGCGUUCUCAUCUAUAUGCCGCUUAUCCCGGAAGCAGUGAUCGCUAUGCUGGCCACCAUUAGAAUCGGGGCUAUACACUCCGUUGUCUUCGGAGGUUUCGCGGCUCGUGAACUUAGAACACGCAUAGAGCAUGCGGAGCCAACGGUCAUUAUAGCAGCCAGUUGCGGCGUUGAACCCAACAAAAUAGUGAGAUAUAAAGAUAUAUUAGACGAGGCGCUCUGCCAGAGCUCGCAUCAGCCACGCGCCUGCGUUGUAUACCAGCGGCGACGCGUUCUGGAAUGUUCUUUGGAGCCAGGCCGCGAUGUCUGCUGGGAGACAGCUUUAGACUCGGAGCCUGCGCCCUGCGUCUCCUUAGAGGCUAACGAGCCUUUAUAUAUAUUGUAUACUUCAGGUACAACCGAUGAUCCUAAAGGUAUUCAGCGGCCGAUUGGACAUGCCGCUACUCUAUGCUGGACGAUGCACGCGGUCUACGGUCUUAGAAAGGGGGUAUGCUGGACCGCAUCUGACCUCGGCUGGGUGGUAGGACACUCCUACAUCUGUUACGGACCUCUACUCGCCGGUCUCACUUCUGUACUGUAUGAAGGCAAACCAGACAGGACUCCUGAUCCGGGGCAGUAUUUUAGAAUAAUAGAACAGCAUCGUGUGAACGCGUUGUUCACGAUCCCGACUGCAUUCCGCGUGCUGAAGCGAGUAGACCCAAACGCGAAGUACUCGCGUCGGUACUGCAGCAAGUCUUUGAAGACUGUCUUCAUUGCUGGAGAACAUUGCGACCAGGAUACUAGGGUGUGGGCCGAAAGGAUUCUAAACGUGCCGGUGCUGAACCAUUGGUGGCAGACGGAGACGGGAUCGCCCAUCACUGCCGCUUGCCUCGAUGUGAUGAGGCCGCCGCAAGAUGAUGAGGAGAUGGUAGAAGAAAGUGCUGUGACGCAAGAGUUGAUAGCUUUGGUGCGACAUCUGAUAGGACCUAUCGCAGCAUUCCGCAAAGCGGUUGCGGUUCCCGCUCUCCCUCGCACCAGGUCCGGUAAGGCACUACGAGGUGCCAUCGCCAAGCUUGCCAGGUCCCAGCUGGUUAGACUGCCACCGACUAUCGAAGAUCCUUCAGUCUUUAAAGAAAUUAAAACAGCGUUGCAGAAGUUUGGUUAUGCGAUCGACGCGCCUGAUCCAGAAAUUAGUACUUAAUAGAUUGUCUGAAAACG